UGAACGAUUUUGUUUUUAGUUCAUCUUUCAAAUUUUGGUACAUUUUUAUCCUCCUCCUUAAGGAAACCAUAAUUUUUCGUCCUUCAAAACCAACGGCGUUAAAAACUAGCUAAGAUGGCCAACAGUGAUGUGCCAUGUCAUUUUUUUUUUCUGAGUCAAUCUUUCUCGGCUUUUCUCCGUCCCUCUCCCUCCGUCACCUUCCUUCGUCCCUCUACCACCAAACCUCAACUUUCCUCCUCCCACCAGAAAAGAUACUGCUACGCCGGCAUCUCAUAAGAAACAUAGUCCUUAACCCACGGACCCGCGGACUCUGAACUCAAGGUUUUGCAAUCUAUUCGAAAGAAGUCUCAAACACCAUUGAACAGUCCAAACUAAAAACUGUCACUACCCUCUCUCUCUCUCUCUUUGCGAAUUAUACACACUACAAUGACAUACAGGCAUAGUUUCUUGUAUGAAAGGUGCUCCCUGAACAAUACAAACUUUUAACAAACUAUUUAAAAUUAGAAAUGUUGGAAGACCCUCCACUCCCAACACCAAUGCUUCUAUUCGCACACCUUCCAAUUCAAAUUCCAAUAAUUCUCAAGGUAAAACUAGAACCAGAGCCUCGUUACUCUAACCCAAACCUGUUUGUCAAAAUGUCUCACCGAAUCUUCGCCUUGUUUCAUAGGGAACUCCAAGUCAGAAGAAGAAGAAGAAGAAGAAGAAGAUGAUCAUGAAGAUGAAGAUGCUUCCACCACAAGCCUAAACGUGUCGACCGAAUUCCUCCGAGCCGUGCAGGUCCCCUCCAAUCUGAUUUCCCUGUUAAUCAAGAUCGUCUCUAAAUCAAAACCAUCCUUGAUAAGUAUAAUUGUAGGCACCCACUGCUGCAAUAUGAUAUUUAAAAGUAAAAUUUAACAACCGGGCACUUUCCAAAUUUAAAAGUCUCAACCCAUAGAUUUUAGUAGAAAAUUGAAUAAAGUUAAAUGGCACGAUUAGUCCAUUUCACAUAUCAUGAAGUUGCCAAGUUAUAUUUAUCUAGUACAUCCAGUGUAUUCGUACUCAUUUUCUCAUCUUUGUACAAAUAUUUUUAUUGCAUGUUUGUUGUAGUAAUAUUGCUGGCACUUUACUCAGGAUUACUGUAUGGUCUAUAUGUUCCAGAUUGGGAGUUUGAUGUAUCAGCCUCGACCUCUUUGUUGCCUCCUAUUAGUGGUGGUGAUAUUUACACGGUCCUCCAACCUGACUCCAACAACGUUCGUGAAGCCCUCGCCAAGUCCAAACCUAUCAACAACCUCACGUGUCUCGUCUCCACCUACUUCGACCACAAUGAAACCACCUCUGACUUCUGUCUCCACCUCCUCCUCACCAUCCUCCGCGCGCGCGACCUAUACGCGCCACUCUCCCGCCUCCUCUCCGUCCUCCCCGCCGAUGGGUCGCCGCUCUCCCAGGCCCAGUGCGACCACGCCUACGACCUCUUCCUCCAAUUUGACCGCCAGGAGAACCCCUUCGUGCUCUCCCACCUUCAUCAGCUCUGCGACAGCUUGUCCCACUUGAAGGGCGACAUCCAGCGAGACCUCUGCAGGUGCCACUCUCGAAUCUGUAUGUUUCGCCACACCACCGCUGGGUGCGUCGUUAUUUCCGUCACCGUAAUUGUCGCUUCGGGAUUUUCCUUGGCAUUGUUGAUGAUGUGGAGAGAGGGAAAGUUUCGAAGUUUACAACGGCACACCACUGUUAGCCACCUCAGUUGA